CAUAAGUAUGUUUAAGAUACUUAUUGUGGUUAUAAACCAAAAAAAAAAAGAUACUUAUUCCUCUUAAAUGUUUUGAUGUUAGGCCCAACCCUAGAAACUUUCGGGCCGGCUAAAAAAAAAACCCAAAAAGAAAAAUCGUUGUUUGUUUUGGUUAGUCUUCCUCGCUCUCUCCUCCCCUCUCCUCUCAGGUCUCAGCCGCGUUCCCUCUCUCAAUCUCCCCAAGAGAAACAUGAAUCACCGAAUCGGAUUGGUUACCUCCGGAUCCAAGUUUGUGGCGCGGAGGACGUUUGCAGCAGCAGCGAGUAAAGCCAAGAAAGGCGGGAAAGGAGGAGGUAGCGAUGCUCCUAAAGGAUCGUCUCUAAGCAAAGAGAUCAAAUCCACAACCGUUGUUGGUGCCAACACUCUCAAAGAUGGAUCUGAUCCCAAGAUCCUUCCUGACUCUGAUUACCCUGAUUGGCUCUGGCGUCUUCUCCAGAUUCGACCUGCGCUUAGUGAGCUCAGGAGGAAGAAUGUUGAGACGCUUCCUUAUGAUGAUCUUAAACGCUUUGUUAAGCUUGACACACGUGCUAAAAUCAAGGAGAAUAACUCUAUUAAGGCUAAGAACUGAGAUGCCUUCGCUUUGGUCUUUAUUGAUUUUGCUUCUUACUGGUUAACGUUGUUUGAGUGUUUGAGAUUUAUCUAUCGUCAUGGUCUUGUUUUCAGUUAUGUUACAAUUUUAGAGUCUAUGAGUUUCUUAGUGAAACCCAAUAAGAAUUGUUGCUUCAUCUUAUCACUCUGCUUUGGUUAGUGGAAAACUCUUUUGCUAUGUACUCUCUCUGUUUCAGAUUAGUUUGUGUUUAAGGUUUUUUGCAUACAUAAAUUGUUGAUUUUUAUUCAUUUUACUCUAUUUUGUAUUAAUCCAAUUGCUAUGUACUC